AUGAUUUUUCAGCAAGAGUUUAAUCCACAACAUUUAUUUUCACCAAUUCAUCUGGCAACAGGUCAAGUAUUUAGUCCAAAGGCGACCACUGUUCUUACACGUGAAGAGCGUAUACGUUUACGUAAAGAAGAACAUCGUAGACGUAAGCUACAGGAGUUAAAAUCAGGAUGUAAGCGAUUCAUAGCUAUGCUUUUUUCGCAUAUAGGGUUGUCUGGUCUGGUUAUUGCCUAUACAAUCAUCGGUGGCAUUCUGUUUGGUGGUAUUGAGCGUGGUAAAGAGAAGGAGACUAAAACUUUAGCUUACGAAUAUAGAAUUGAUGCUUCAAAUGAAUUUUUACGACUACUUUUUGGUGAAUUACAUACAUAUUUAUCAAGACAACCACAGGCAUGUAAUAGUACUAUUACAUUUUUAGGGUUCCUUAUUGACUUUUUGGAGAAGGAGAAACCAACCAAGAAAAUAACAUCGCAUCCCAUUGAUGAAUUUAUUGAAACGCUGAAUUUCACAGUAAAUGGUACAGAUUUAGAGGAUAACAACCAUUUUAAUAUUAUGAAUAAUAACAACUCUGUAUUGAAUGGAUUUAAUACAACAAUGGAUACUACUUAUUUAAAAAUUAUGAGGAAUUCAAGUAAUAUGAAAACUUUAAUGACAUCUGACUACCAAAAUUUAACAUAUUCAUUAACUGAACAAGAAAUGGAUAAUAUAAAAGGUGAAAACUCAUUAAAAUCACAAUUUAUCAUACUACUACGUGGACGUGUACAGAUUGCAUUAAUGGAGUUUACUAAACGUAUUGUUGAUUUCAUUGAAACAGACGGUUGGAAUGGUAAUGAUUCAAUGGAAGACUUAAAAUGGUCAUUUGCUGGUUCGGUUCUUUAUGCUAUCACUGUCAUCACAACCAUCGGUUAUGGACACGCCACUCCGAAAACGAAUCUAGGCAAAUUUAUGACAAUCCUUUAUGCGCUGAUUGGAAUUCCGUUAAUGUUUUUAUAUCUAUCUAAUAUCGGUGACUACUUGGCUGAUGUAUUUCGAGUAAUCUAUUCACGUACAUGCAGAACAAGUUGUGAAAAAUUUUGUUCAGCUUCAAUAUUGAGUACAAUUGAUAAUAAUCAUAACCAUAUCGAACAAAUAAAUAAAAAUGGUCUACAAAAUGAUUCCACUCUACCAGUUGAUACUGAUCCUGCAAUCAACCCAACCCAUUCACAUGGCCGCCGGCGUAAACGUGUUCUACUGCAACCCUUCAAUACCAACAUUAAUAAUACUAAUAAUGAUGACAGUAAUGAUGUUGUGGGAACUUUUAAUGAUAAGGCUAACUUCAAUGAGUCUACAGCUAAACAGAAUCGACAAGAACCAGUAAAUUUAUAUGAAAAAAUCAAUAAAACAGCUGAAGAAACAUAUAAUGCACAAAAUUCAAAAUUUUACACCUUGAAAAACAAACAGUUUUUCUUGAAACUUUCUAAAUACUAUCAAAAAUCUCGUGUGUACAUUAAACAGUCUCGUUUGACAGCAUUUUUUCAGUCGGAUAGUACAAGUGCAUUAGCUCAAAAAACAAAAACCAAUCUGCGUGAACUUUUUUAUCCAGCCUUUACCUGGGUACAACAAAUGGUACAAGCUUUAGUCUAUCAAGACGAUGGAACCAAUCAAUCUAAGCCAACACAACUCAAUAUGGAUAGUUGUAAUAUAGUUAGUGGGCCAGAAAAUUUCACAAAUUACCCAGGUAUCUUUUUUCAAAAUAUCCAUCAAGGACCAGAAUAUGAUUUAAUACAUAAUACUAUGACUUCAAACAUCACAUCAAACACAAUGAAAAAAUUCCAUGAUAUGAGUAAUAUUUCAAAUAAUCAAGCUGAUAUAUCAUCGUGCAGAACAACUGCAUUGAUUGAGGAAAGUGAUGCGAAUGAAACCAACUCUCCGAAAACUUAUGAGGACUCCAAACAGCUUUAUGAACAGUUAAUUAAAAAACAGAACAAAAUGAAUAAGUCAACGAUUUAUAAAUGCGGUAAUACUAUUACUUCCGUUACCGAUGGUAACAACAGUACACUCAGUAACAAAUUCAUCUCACCUGCAUAUAUGUUCACUUCACCCGCAAGUUUUCCUACAGUCUCAACAUUACCAGUACCAAAUAAGUCUACACUGCGUAGUUUUCAAAAAGAACCUGCAAAGUUUUUCACAUUUGAUGGACAACAUCGUAAAUUUUACUUGAUGGCACGUUAUUUACGCUCAGUUGAAAGACAGCGUAGACAUAAACGACGUGUACGAAAACAACUUCAAGAACAAGCACGUUCAGAACUUCAUAGACUAGAAAAUGAAAAGCUUUAUGGAAAAUUAUUUCAACACCAGACUAAUUAUGGAUCUGAAGUUAAGAGAAGUAUGUGCAAAAUAAAUUCUUUGGAUAGUGUAUCUGUUGAUAAAGUUUCUACAGGUUCAACUGUACUUAGUGAAAAAACUGAAGCAGAAUACGUCAAUCAUGGCGGAACAAUACGUUUACUGUGUUGGAGGGAUAUUGAUGUAGACCUUGAAGUACGAUCAAUAGAUGUCAAUUAUGAUGAUCCAAAUAGCCUAAAGUUGAAUGAAAACACAGAUUCUAAUAAUAUGAUUAUAGAUGAUAAUGCAGCUGUGAUUGUAAAUACAAAUGCUUGUGACAUAAAAACUCAGCUAAGUAGAACUCAUUCAAUUAAAGAUUCACUACGUAGAAUAAAAUGUAGUAAACCUUGUUGUAGAACACCUAAUUCAAAAUCUUUCAGUAACUUUAAACAAACUACACACACUGAACUAUCCCCGUUACAUACUUCUGAGGAACUGAAAAAUAACAUUCUAAAGCAAGUAGCAUUGACUAGUAAUAAUACACUCUGCAGCUCGAAUUUACAAUCACCGUAUGAUCAUUUGUUGGAGUAUAAAUUAUCUUCAUUACGUGAAGCUAGACCAUAUAACUUUCCGUCAAUAAUGAACUUAACCAGACCUCAUCCUGCAAAUAUUCAUCAAUCAUAUAAUCAAAUUCCUAUGGGUAUACUUCCUACUUCAAAACUUGGGUUGUCAAAUGCAACAGCAAGUAACUCACUACAGCAACAUACUUCAGCUGUUCAAGCUAUUAAUCCACUGAAUAAAGACAUUUCACCUCCUCUUAAUGAAAAUUUUAAAUAUCCUAGAACAUUCACUCUACCUAAUCCUUUGUCAAAAACAUCACAAUAUCCACAAAGACAACAGUGUUCUACAAUACCUCACAUUUCAGAAUCUUACAGUCUACGACCUGACAUAUUUCAAAGACUGUUACAGUCCACAGUCAUUGCUAAUCCAUAUGUUGUCUGUGAAAACACAUUAGAUGAUUUAAAACCUGAACAAAUGGGUAGAUCACGUCUUUCAUUAGCUUCUUCACGUGGUGAUUUAGACAGUGAAGUAAUUGUACAGCUAAGUUAUUAUUCACAACAUGAUAGUGCAAAGACUGAAGAAGAUUUAUCAUUUUUUUCAUAUCGUGAUGGUUUUGUCACAGAGGAAGAUGUGUCUAAAGUAACCGUACCAAUUAGUUUAUCAUUGAUCAUCAUGACUACUUAUAUACUCAUUGGAGCCAUUGUAUUUUCAAUAUGGCAAGAUCCAGAUUAUUUGAAAUGGUCAUAUUUUUGUUUUAUAACAUUAUCUACAAUUGGAUUCGGAGAUAUAGUACCAGGUACAAAAAUUGAUUCAACCAACCCAAAAGAGAAAAUGAUCAUCAUUUGUUUGUAUGUAGCUAUUGGCUUGUCAGUGUUUGCUAUGUGUUUUAAAUUAAUGCAAGAGGAAGUUGUUGACAAGAUGAAAUGGUUUGCUUUUAGAAUUGGAAUAUUAAAAAAGAAAGAAACAAAUGAUACAACAGAUAGAUCAUUUUAUCAUAUAAGUAGAAAUUGA